GGCCAUCCUCCUCCACUCAAAGUGAAUUUCUCAGCUCAGCCCACCUUUGCUCACUCACCUUUGAGGCACCAUAACAAACUUGACCACGCGUUUUCUUUUCUACUUUGCGUAAGAGUGCCGUACACCUCGGAGCAGUGCACCAGUACGCUCCUCUACAUCAUCUACAGCAUGCGUUGUGUUAGCUGGCUAUUGUUGGGGACCUCUCUCCUGAUUUUGGGUCCAGCGGUCACAGGCGCUCCAGGGCAAUGUCCGGACUUAUGCCAUUGCCACAGCGACCUACUGCACGUCAUCUGUUUUAACGUGAAGCUCAAGAAGAUACCAAGAGUUUCCGAAACUACUCAACUGCUCAAUCUCCAAAGGAACAACCUAGGCAACAUUCCCACUGGGGCUUUCAGUGACAGUAAAGGAUUGAUUUCACUACAUAUGCAGCAUUGCCAGCUCAGAGAAAUUGGCUCACAGGCGUUUAAAGGCCUUACAAAACUUGCUUAUCUCUAUCUAUCCAACAAUGAGAUCACUACCAUCAAACCAGGCGCAUUUGAAGACUUAACAGGACUGACAUAUCUGUAUCUAGAUGGAAACCAGAUCACCGAAUUGGCAAAAGGGCUUUUCUCACCUAUGAUAAAUCUGUUUAUAUUACAGCUGAACAACAAUAGACUAAGAGAGCUUCGUCCUGGGACGUUCACAGGAGCCAAAGACCUGCGUUGGCUUCACAUGGCCAACAAUACUCUGACCACGCUGCAGCCUGGAUCCCUGGAUGAAGUGGAGAACCUGGCUAUCCUGCACUUGGAUGGGAACAGAAUGGCCACCUAUCCCAUUGCAGCCAUGAGUAAACUGAGAGUGGUGGAGGAACUGACCCUUAGCAGGAACCCCAUGAAGACCCUCCCAGACCUGGCGUUCCAGAGCUUUGGGCGAUACAUGGAGAGACUGUACUUGGACAAUAUGGGGCUGGAGAAGUUCUCAGAUGGAGCAUUCACUGGUGUUACUGCCAUCAAGUCUCUUUACCUGGACAACAACAGACUCAGGACCCUCCCCAGAAGUCUGGAGUAUGGGACCCUGACCAACCUGACCCUGUUCAACAACCCAUGGACCUGCAGCUGCUCGCUCGCUCCACUCAAGAAGUGGAUGGACACUACCCGUAUCCGCACUGAUGCCCUGUGUGCCUCUCCGGCUCAGCAGAAGGGCAGGCAGGUCCGGGACAGCUCUGCCUUCAGCAGCUGCAGACCCAAACAGAAAAAAAAACAGGGGCAAAACAAAGGGCACACGUCAAUGAACACAACAACUACAGGAAACGGCCUAUUGACAUGAACAGCAGCAACAUGGAAAAGCCUUACUCAUUCUUUAGAACAAUAAGCAUUUGUAAAAUCAAUAUAAUGACACAUUGCGUAAAUUAAUCAUAAGAAGUUCAUUCAUAUCAAUUGUUUUUUUGUGUAUAUUGAAGCUGGUUUGACAGGUAUGUAGCUAAAUGGAGAACGCAUAAUGUAUUUACCAAUUUCCAUGAUUCCCCCAUUUAAAUUAAAUUUAACUUAUGU